AAAUUAAUUUAGUAAAAAUUCAUUACAAUUUUUACUCAUUACACAAGAUAACUUUUUCUUACACCAUGAAUUAAAACACUAGUUUUAAUAUUAUAAUGUAGUUACGAUGGACAUAGAUAAAGAUGAACGAUCGCCAAAUAAAAUUGAAAAUAGACUUUAUAAAAAUGCAAUUAGUGGAAUCAUGUUAAACAAGAAUAAAUAUGAUUCUACAACCAAACUAUCAAGUUCAGAUCCAUUCUACAAACCUAAAAAACUAGGUUUAAUUUCACGCCUUAUUGGUAAAUCAAGGGCAUCUUCCUCUAAAUUGGGAUUAUCUGACAGGUGGAGUCAUGAUAAAUACGAGACUCUUGUAUCUUAUACUCCUGGAUCAAUGAUUUAUGUGAGAAAUCUUCCUCCAAACACCACUUCUGACCAAUUAAAGAGCUUUUUCAACAGUGUUGGAACAGUUUGCACAGUCAAGAUUGAAAGGGGAGGUCUUUUAAGCGCCUUUGUUGGCUUUGUAGGCACAGAUUCUGCUCAAAAGGCAGUUGAAAACUUCCAUAAAUCUGAGAUGAAUGGAAGAACCAUAAAGGUGUCAUUGUCUGACACGGGUAAAAAACAAAGGAAUUCAACCAACUCUGAAGGUCGUGUAUCUAUUUUUGAUCGUAUGGGAUAAUUAUGAACUAUUAAAAUUUAAUCAAUUUAUUACUUUUUA